AUGAUUCUGCUGCUCCUGGGUGGCGCCUUUGGCGCUAUCACCACCAACCAGGAAGAAUUCCCCAACUUUGAUAUCAAAGUUGUAAACGUUCGGGUGGUCUACCUGGGCGCGGCGCCCGUGGAAGUAGAACGAUCAGUCUGCAUCCGCAUUGAAGAGGCCAUCGAAGGCCUGGAGGGCAUCGACAAGCUUCGUUCAACUGCCACCGAAGGCAUCUGCAACGUGACUGCUGAACUGCUUUCUGAAGCCGAUGAGGUGGGUGUCCUUAACGAAAUAAAGAGCCGAGUUGACGGCAUCAACAGCUUUCCGGCUGAAACUGAAAAACCAAUCGUCUCCAAGCUUGCUGUCACCCGCCGGGUUGUGCAAAUAGCCGUGUCCGGCGACACUGAUGAGCGCACCUUAAAAGAAGUGGCGCGUGAACUGCGCGAUGAUAUCGCUGCCGUCGACGGUAUUUCACAAGUGGCGGUGGAAUACAUUCGACCUUACGAAAUUUCUGUUGAAGUAUCGGAACAGGAACUAAGGCGCUACGGCAUCACGCUGAAUCAGGUCAGCCAGGCCAUCGCGCAAAGCUCCCUGGAUAUGCCUGGCGGCACAAUCAAGACCUCUAACGGUGAAAUUCUGAUACGCACCACGGGGCAGGCUUACUGGGGUCAGGAGUUUGAAGACGUUGUUGUGCUGACGCGCUCAGAUGGCACCCGGGUAACACUGCGCGAUCUGGGCAUUAUUCGCGAUACCUUUGAAGAAGGUGAUUUGCUGGCGCGUUUUAAUGGCAAACGUGGCGUUGUGGUCAACGUAUCUCAAGUCGGUAAUGAAGACCUCAUAGAAAUCGCAGAAGAUGUCCGCCAGCUUGUCGACAAUUACCCGGUACCUGAAGGUAUCUCUCUGAAUACCUGGAUCGACACCUCCUUUGAAUUGCAGGAACGUAUGUCGGUACUGACAGCAAACGCUGGCGGCGGCCUGGUUCUGGUGCUGGUUAUCCUUGCCCUGUUCCUGAAAUUCCGGGUAGCCAUGUGGGUAGCCAUCGGCAUUCCUGUCGCCUUGUUAGGCACUCUGGCUGCGCUGCCUUUCACCGACAUCAACAUCUCUACCAUGACCGUCAUGGCGUUUAUUCUGGUUUUAGGGAUUGUCGUUGACGACGCCAUUGUUGUUGGCGAGCGCAUCUUUGCCCAGGAACAGACCGGCAAACCACCCCUGACCGCUGCGGUUGAUGGCACCUGGGAAGUAUCGGUGCCGGUUAUUUUUGGCGUUCUGACGACCGUGGCCGCCUUCCUGCCGUUGAUUAUGGUUGAAGGCCGUAUGGCCGGCUUCUUUUCUCCUAUCGGGUGGGUCGUUAUAUUUGCGUUGAUCUGCAGCGUUAUUGAAUCCCAACUGAUUCUGCCCUCACACCUUGCGCAUCGGAAACACAGCGAACCCACCACCGGCCUAUCAGCCGCCUGGAAUCGUUUCCAGGGCGGACUGGCUAACUGGCUGCAGAACAUUGCCUCAGAUCACUAUCAGCCCUUUGUAAAGAAGGUCAUCCAAUGGCGUUAUGCCAGUGCCGCAAUUGGCCUGGGCGUAUUGAUUCUGGCCCUGUCACUGAUCGCCAGCGGCCGCGUUGUGUUUGGUUUUUUCCCAGCCAUUGAAGGUGACCGGGUUUAUGCCGGGCUGGAACUGCCGGAAGGCAUCGCGGCUGAAACCACACUGGCGGCGGCGGCACGUAUAGAAGAAGCAGCCCUGCGAUUAAACGACGAUAUGACCGAGGAAUUCGGCUUAUCUCAACCGUUGGUACGCAACAUUCUUUCGAGUGUCGGUCAGAAUGUUGAUCGCAACGGACCCGGCCGCCCUGCGGGUGCGGGACGCAGCAACAUUGCUGAAAUAGUCAUCGACAUUGCGCCUCUGGCUGAGCGCAAUAAUAUCAGUACAAAACUGGUGGUUACCCGCUGGCGUGAAUACGUCGGCUCUGUAUCAGAUGCGGUCAAGCUGACCUUCGAUGCUGACACCUAUUCAGCCGGCUCUCCCAUCGAAUACCAGCUCAAAGGUAAAGAUGUGGAAGAACUACGCGAAGCCGCUGAACAGAUGAAAUCUGAGCUGUCCCGCUACGAUGGCGUAUUCGACAUACGCGACUCAUUCCGCUCGGGCAAACAGGAAAUUCAACUCGACCUAUUACCCGAAGCACGCAACCUCGGCUUAACUCUGGCAGAUCUGGCAGGCCAGGUUCGCAGCGCAUUUUAUGGCGCCGAAGCCCAGCGCCUGCAACGCGGACAGGAUGACGUCAGGGUUAUGGUGCGUUUUCCCGAGUCGGAACGAAAAUCUAUCGGCAAUCUCGAAGACAUGUACAUCCGCACACCGGAUGGUAGUGAAGUCCCCUUCUACAGCGUUGCCAGCUUUGAAAUCAGCCGUGGUUACUCGAGCAUCAAUCGUCUCGAUGGUCGACGAACUGUAACUGUCAGUGCAGAUGUCGAUCGGUCUACGGUUGCGCCGGAAGAGGUAAGUGCCAGCAUCCGCGCGGAGUUAGUACCCGACUUCCAGAAACGCUACCCUAACAUCGACAUCGAACUGGGUGGCGAACAGGAAGAACGCAGCACUGCGAUGGGCGGACUGUUAGUGGGCGCCCUGUUUUCCCUGGUGGUUAUUUAUGGCCUGCUGGCCAUACCCCUGCGCAGCUAUUUACAACCGUUUGUGAUCAUGAGCGUGAUCCCAUUCGGCGCCGUGGGUGCAAUUGUUGGCCACUGGGUACUGGAAGUACAACUGAUGUUCUUCUCAGCGCUUGGCAUUGUUGCACUCUCUGGUGUUGUGGUGAAUGCCUCCCUUGUACUGGUUGAUGCCGCCAAUCGGCUGCGUCGGGAAGGCAAAGAAAUUUAUGAAGCGAUCACUACCGCCUGUGUCGUCCGUUUUCGCCCCAUCAUGCUGACCUCGGUCACUACCUUUGUCGGGCUGAUACCACUCAUGGCCACUUCAACACCCGCAACCGCACCGUUUAAACCCAUGGCGGUUUCUCUAGCCUGGGGCGUUCUGUUUGCCACGUUCAUCACCUUGUUACUGGUGCCCUGUCUGUAUCUGAUGGUGGAAGACUGGCUACAUCAGAUAGAGCCUAAGCUGCGCGGACGCGCGCCAUGGACGACUAUCAUUCAGAAAUUCCCUACUACCCGUGCUGGUUGGCACCAGCGCAUCUGGCAGCUGACCUGGCCGGUCAUUCUCGCCAACAUCACGAUUCCCCUGGUUGGCCUGGUGGACGUUGCCGUAAUGGGGCGAUUUCCCGAACCUAAAUUCAUUGCCGCUGUGACGCUGGGCGCCACGCUGUUCAGCGCGGUGUACUGGUUGUUUGGUUUCCUGCGCAUGAGUACCACAGGCCUCACCGCCCAGGCUUACGGGGGCGGCAACAUCAACGAAGUGCUCGCGGUAUGUCUGCGUGCCGGUGCAGUUGCGUUAGCGAUCGGUGCAGCCAUUGUAAUACUGCAGACGCCGUUGAAGCUGCUGCUCUUCCAGUUGUUCAAUGCCUCUCCAGAAGUUACAGAGCUUGCCGCUACUUACUAUGAAAUCAGAAUCUACGGCGCACCUGGCCUGCUUCUGUAUCUGGUUGCUCUGGGCACCCUGUUCGGCUUGCAACGCAUGCGCGAUACGCUGUGGUUAAGCAUUGGCUUCAAUCUGUCGAACAUCAUCCUCAAUGCAGUACUGGUACUGGUAUUGAAUUACGGGGUUGCUGGUGUGGCCCUGGGCACCAUUAUCAGCGAAUGGUUCGCCGCCGUCGCCGGCAUCGGGUUUGUUUACCGGGCGCUGCAGACCAGUGGCUGGCAGGGUCAGUGGCCCGCACACAUCUGGAUCGGUGACGCUGUGCGCGCAUUGUUUCAUAUCGGAUCGAACCUGAUUCUGCGGACGUUUUUUGUGCAACUGCCUUUUUUUGUCGGCACCGUUAUGGCGACAAGCCUGGGGGACGUCACGCUGGCUGCACACGGCGUGCUUAUGCAGCUGUUUUUUGUCAUGACAUACGGUCUUGAUGGCUUUGCCCACACGGCGGAAACCCUUGCGGGCUAUGCUUAUGGCGGACGCGCACCUGACAACCUGCGUCGCACAACAAGAUUCUGCGCGUUCUGGGCGGUUGUCGUCGCUGUCGCCACAGGCUUGAUGUUCUGGAUCUUCGGCGAGUUUGUUAUCUCGCUGCUGACCACUUCAGCCCCCGUGCAGGAAACCGCGGCGGCGUAUUUACCCUGGCUGAUCAUCAGUCCAUUGCUGUGUGUCUGGGCUUUUCUUUUCGACGGUAUCUUCAUCGGCACCACCCACAUCGUUGAAAUGCGCAACGCGAUGAUCCUGUCAGCCCUGAUCUGGGCAAUCAGCCUGAUCGGCUUCUUUCACCUGUGGGCUCGUGCGGACGUAGAGCUGGUAGCGUUCGCCGACCUGAACGAGAAAAGCCUCGCAAAAAGACAGGCCAUCUACCCGGAUGCUGCCGUCUACACCGACUAUAAGCAGAUGCUAAAACGGCAGACAUUAGACGCGGUAAGUGUCUGCACCCCUAACCGCUUUCAUGCUGCGCCGACCAUUGCCGCUCUCAAAGCCGGUUGUCAUGUGCUGUGCGAAAAACCUCUGGCGAUGACAAUCGCAGAAGGCCGACGUAUGGCCAAAGCUGCCAAACAAGCCAACAAACAACUGGUGGUUGCGUUUCAAUACCGCCUUGAUCCUCGCACUCAGUAUCUGCGACGCGCUUUUGAGGAAGGCGCGUUUGGCGAGGUGUUGUUCGGACGCGUACAGGCCAUGCGCCGCCGCGGCAUCCCCAACUGGGGUGUGUUUGGUCAAAAAGCGCUCUCUGGCGGUGGUCCGAUUAUCGAUAUCGGUGUCCACGUUCUGGAAAUGGCCCACUUCACCAUGGGUAGCCCACAACCUGUCAGCGCCAGCGCCGACAUGUUCACCUAUCUUGGCAACCAACCAUCAGACGCCAUUGCAAGCCCGAUGGCAGGGUGGGAUUACAAAACCUACGAUGUCGAAGACCUGGCUGUGGGUCGAAUCCGAUUUGCAAAUGGCGCAGUGCUGCACAUUGAGUGUGCAUUUGCCGCCCAUAUCGGUGAGCGCAGCCUGAUGAAUUUUCAGCUCAUGGGCAGCAAAGGUGGGGCCACCUGGGACCCAACGGUGAUUCACACAGAUGAAGCGGGGCAUAUGGUCGACAAAACCCCCGCAUGGCUGGCGGAUACCUCAUUCAAAGCAGUGUUUAAUCGCAAAAUUGACAGCUUUGUUGAACAGCUUCUCUACAAAGGGCCCUGUGCGGCUCCGAUAGAGGAUGCCCUGAUGGUGCAAUCGAUGCUGAAUGCCCUUUACGACUCAGCACGCAAAGAUGGCAAAGAAGUCAACGUGGGCGGUCAGACCGCCGGGCGAGCGCUGGCUGGCGCUGCAGUGGGUGCCGCUAUAGGCGCGGCGGUUGGCAACAGUGACACCGCGCAACGCGGCGCAGGCGUGGGUGCAGUAGCCGGUGGCGCUGAAGGCGCAGGUCGCGCAGCCAGCGAAAAACAGGCCGUGGUGCGCAACUGUCUGCGUAACCGCGGCUACUCGGUGCUGAACUGA